AGUUGUUGGCGCGAUGACUGAUUGGUCAUAUUGCCAUCUAUGUGCUAGUUAUGAAACGAACCUGCUUCUAAACCUUUUUUUCCCUGUGAGUUAGAUUAAUUCCGUGAUACAGGAUAAGAGUUGUACAACGUUUACAAUAGUGACGUAGUUCGCUCAGUUGCAGUCGCUGAUCACAGAGCAUAGUACUGUAUCGUUAUAGCUAACCCUCGUGGACUCAAAACAGAGGGUAAAAUAUGGCAUCGCAAUUCAGUGGUAUCUUACAACUAACGGAUUUGGAUGAUUUUAUUACUCCAUCUCAGGCGUGUGUAAAACCAGUCAAGUUGGAGAAGAAGCCUGGGAAAUCAAUUGCCAAAAUUCAAAUUGAAGAUGAUGGGAGUUAUUUUCAGGUUAACCAGGAUGGUGGGCUGCAGAAGUUGGAAAAGGCGAAGAUUACACUGAAUGACUGCCUGGCCUGCAGUGGCUGUGUAACAUCUGCUGAGACUGUACUGAUCGCCCAACAGAGUCAGGAUGAGCUAUACAAAGUGCUCCAACACAACAAGCAGAACAGCGCUGAGCAGACCGUGGUGGUGGUGUCUGUGUCACCACAGUCCAGGGCCUCUCUGGCAGCACGGUUUAACAUGAGCACCAGUGAUACAGCCAGGAGGCUGACUGCUUUCUUCAAAAACCUUGGGGUUCACCAUGUGUUUGACACUGGCUUCAGCCGGAACUUCAGCCUGUUGGAGAGCCAGAGAGAAUUUGUGGAACGGUACCAGCGCAAACAGCAAGACAAGAAGGCCCUGCCAAUGCUGACCUCUGCUUGUCCAGGCUGGGUCUGCUAUGCAGAGAAGACUCACGGCGAUUUCAUCAUCCCCUACCUCAGCACCACUCGAUCCCCACAGCAGGUCAUGGGCUCGUUGGUGAAGAGCUACUUCGCUGAUCAGCACAACCUCACCCCAAAACAAAUCUACCAUGUGACAGUGAUGCCCUGCUUUGACAAAAAGCUGGAGGCGUCUAGAUCAGAUUUCUUCAUGAAACAGGCAGACACACGAGAGGUGGACUGUGUCAUCACGUCAGGAGAGGUUAUGAAGAUGCUGGAGCAGGAGGGGCUGUCUCUGAAUGAUGUGGAGCCAGCGCCUUUGGACACCCUGUUCAGUAGCGUGCGUGAGGACGAGCUUCUUCGUCACGAGGGGAGCAGCUCUGGAGGAUACCUGCACCAUGUGUACAUGCACGCUGCCAAGCAGCUCUUUGGAGUGGAGGUGAAGGACAUCACGUACAAGACCGUCAAGAACAAGGACUUCCAGGAAGUUACCCUGGAGAAGGACGGAACGGUUUUGCUGUCUUUUGCGACCAGUUAUGGCUUCCGCAAUAUCCAGAACCUGGUGCAGAAAUUAAAGAGAGGAAAGUCGCCCUAUCACUUUGUGGAAGUGAUGGCUUGUCCUUCAGGGAAAGUGAACGGGGGUGGGCAGGUGAAGCCGGUACCGGGGAGGUCCAGCAAGGAGGUGCUGGAGCAGGUGGAGGAGCUGUACCGCGCAGAGGAGACCCGGGCUCCAGAGGAGGAGGCCGCGGUGGAACACCUGUAUCAGACCUGGCUGCAGCACGUGGGAGAGGAGAAGGCUCGGGAGCUGCUGCACACGGGAUUCCACGCCGUGCCCAAAAACACCAACGGCCUGGUCAUGAAGUGGUGACAGUGCAGUACAGAGUGGAGUCCAGCCUGGACUCAGCUGAAGGGCGGGCGGGGCCCCCGCACAACGCUGCUUCUGCCACGCUGCUGUCCGUCCUCUCUGUCUGCAGCCCUCAGUCCAAAAGUCAUCACGUAUUGUCACGUAUGUAAACCAGAAUUAAAUGUGUGUUAGCUUCUCAACCAUGUCAAUGACACAGGUAUAUAUUUUGUAUUACUCCAUUGAUUUUAUUUUAUUUAAAAUUGCUUUAUUGUUUAAAUCCUUGCAGUUGGCAGUAAAAUCAUGGAGUUUAAUUGACGCAAAGCACCACUCUUUAGUUGCACUAGCUCCCCCUUGUGGAGAAUCCUCAGCCUGCUAAGAGUGUGUGUGGCAGUGAAGUCCAUCUAAAAAAAACUACAUGGAUUUAUCCUGGUUAAGCAUGAAACAACAUAAAAAUGACCAGGCUUUUCUUCCUGUUGGUUUUACAGUUUUCGUGCCAACUUUUAAUGGAGGAUUCAAGUGUAUGGCUAGUGAUAUUAGCCGUGAAGUCUGAAAUACGCACAGAAUAUGAUAAAGUAUGCUUAUGUGAUUAAACUCUGAUUUCUUGCAUAUUAAAUACCAUGUAAGUGAUGUUUUAUAAUAUAUGAAUUUAAUUAAAUAUAUUUUACAACAUA